GACAUUCGAAGAACGUUGACAAAUGUACACUUCGUUAUGUAAAAUCAGCUGAUGUUCUGCCCCGGCUGCUAGUCUGCUUACUGCUACCGUGUUGCUACUGUUACCAGACACUCAGAUAAUAUACGAGUUAUGGCGGAUGGAAGUAUGGAUGAGUGCUAUCAGGUGGUUCUUCAGCUUGCAAAGGAUGCUGGCAAAUUAGUGAGAGAUCGUAUAUGGAAGAAAAAGGAUAUUGAAUUUAAAUCGUGUGAAGUUGACCUUGUAACAGAGACUGACAAAGAAGUUGAGAAGCUCUUGAUCUCUGGACUAUCAUCACAUUUUCCGUCACAUAAAUUUAUUGGUGAAGAGGCAACAGCAGCUGGUGAGAAAUGUGUACUAACAGAUGAUCCAACAUGGAUCAUUGACCCUGUCGAUGGAACAAUGAACUUUGUUCAUGGCUUCCCAAAUGUUUGUAUAUCUAUAGGCUUAUGGAAGAACAAAACAGCAGAAAUUGGUAUCAUAUACAAUCCUGUGCUAGAGCAGCUUUUCACUGCAAGAAAAGGACAAGGUUCAUACAUGAAUGGUACUAGAAUUCAUGCUUCAAAGGAAACAGAAUUAUCGAAAGCCCUACUGCUGGUUGAAAUGGGAACAAGUCGUGACCCUGAAAAACUGAAAGUUGUUUUGGAGAAUGUCACAGAAUUGGUGCCAAUAGUUCAUGGCACUCGAUCACUAGGGUCUGCAGCAAUGAAUAUGGCCAUGGUAGCCCUGGGUGCUGCUGAUGCUUAUUAUGAGUUUGGAAUCCAUGCUUGGGACAUUGCAGCUGGAGAUCUUAUUGUAAGAGAGGCAGGUGGUGUGUGUUUGGAUCCUGCAGGAGGUCCGCUUGAUGUCUUGAGUCGACGAAUGUUGUGUGCUGGAACUCAGUCAUUAGCUAAUGAGCUUAUACCCAAAUUGAAGCAGUAUUAUCCUGAACGUGAUUAACUGAAUGUAUGCAUGCAGAAAAUUUUAUCAGAGGAUUUGGAUUCCAGUGAUUUCAUAAGAUUGUUCUUUUCACAACUACAUAAUUUUUCUUUUAAAUUGGGGAGUGGAGGGGGAUACUUGAUGUUACAAAUCAGAAGCUCAGAAGGAUAAACAAUUAACAAUUGAUAGUUUUGUUGCUGGACCCAUGAUUAAAUAUGAAGCACAGUAAAUCAUGAAUAUUUUUUUACUUUGCUUAUUUCCAUAUCUGUGGCAAGCUAACAGUCGAUGUAUUGUAUUAUAUUAUAUAUCUGCUGUGCUAUGCAUUAUUAGUUAAAUUAACAUUUGUCCACAUUUUGCCUCCUGAUUAUUAUCCAUCAGUUGCUUAGGUGACCAAAUUUAUAAAAAAACAGCUUUCAAUUUUAUGAUCAUGUAUUACAGUUUUUAAGUAGCCAUAUUAUAUGCUAAACAGAGGUCUAAAUACUGCACUGCAGAUUCAGAUGCACUAAUGUCAGAGCCAUUAAUUUGUGCUGUUCCUUAACAUGGAAUACAGUUUGUUAUCAUGUAAAAAUUCAUUACAUCAGUGCAAUUUCUUUGCUGCCAUUAGUUGUAUUUCAGCUUUUUGAAUUACUGAAUAUUUUUAUCAAUUUUCUGUAGAAAGAUAUUAAAAUACUUAAAUCAUUUACUCAUUAAAUUCUGUGUUCAAAAUGUAAGUUAAAGGAUGUCAUCAGAUAAGUAGUGUUAUAUAUAUGAUUCAAAUUUGAGAAUUUUGUGAACUAAGUUACAUGUGCAAUUCUAUUAAGUGAUAAAUAUUUUAAAAGCCAUCAUUAGUCACCUAGUAAAACAGCAAUAUUUGGCCUUGUGGAUGCUCAGUAAAUUUGUCAACACUUUCCUACUUCAAUAUGUUGACAAAGCAAGGAACAAGUAUUGAAUCAUUUGUUGUGAAUCUCAGUUGUGGUGGUAUCGUAAAUAUUAUCUAGUCUCAUGUUACCAUAUAAUUGGAAAACUUUUCAGUGAACUAUUUUGUAGAAGAUGGUUGAUUACUCAUAGUAUAUGGGUUUAUAAAUGGUUUAGAAAUGGGUGGAUGUCUAGUAAAAUUACUUUAUGUUAUGUGAACUUUAUAACAGUGAUAGCAUUUAUUUUUCUGUGAUAACAAAGGGCCCAUAUAAGAGAUACAUGAUUUCCCCUUGCUGUAAAUAAACUAGUGAAUUUUAAUAUUUGACCAGAUACAAUUAGUACGACAUUUUCAGAUAAGUUUGGUUGCAUACAGUGAGCGAGUUAGAACUUUUGUGUUGAGAAGAAAACAUUGAAACUCAGGAAAUUUGUGACAUAAUAAAUGUUGUACAUACAGAAAAUAGUGAGGUCUGCUGCAUUUUAUUUGAGAGUACAAAUGAUUGUGAAUUUACAUAUGGAUGUAUGAGUAUUUAAUAAGUGGAACAACAUGUAAACAAUUUGAGUUACAGAUUUUAAUGGUUGUUAAUCAGUUUCUGUACUUAAUUGUAUUCAGUGAAAUAUAUCGUCAGUAGAAUAGAUAGGUUCAUUUAAGACUUUUCUCUCUCAUUUCUACAUUCUUAGUUGAUCAGAAACAACACACUUUCAUAAAUGCAUUUUUUUCAUGUGAUGUUCACUUCAUGUGACAAACUUUAAUUCUCUUGCAUUGGAUUUUCACAGUAUUAAAUGUACAAGCUAUUAUCGUUUGUAAAUGUAAUCUAAUUGUGGUAUCACAGGGGAAUGUCGCUUGAUUUCAUACACUUGCAUUAUUUCAUUUCAUGUACAUUUAUCCUGCCACUCAUAAUGCAUUGUUAAAUGUUUGCAGUGAUGUUGGAUGAGAUACAUGUGCUUUGUAUGUUUACAAUAUUUUAUGGAUAACAACCAAUAAAACUUGAUAAAGUAUCUGGAAACUUUCAGUUAACAAAAAUAUUUAAAUUGGUGAAAUAUUCUGUAACUUGUAAGGUGCCAUCUGUCAUUGUAUUUUGAUAUGUCUUGCAUAUCACAUACUCAUUUAACAUUUUGAACUGCCAGUUGCACAUACAAGAUGAGACAUUCAUAUAUUCCUAUUAUUACUAAAAAUCCCAACCCCCACCUGGUAUUAUCUACGUAUCUACAUCACUGUUCUGUUGCUUUUUUAGGAAAGAAAAUUAAGACUACAGAAAGCACAUUUUUGUUUUUGAUGACCAAAGCUUCAGUUUUUCAUUUAACAGUGGUGUUAUUGUGACUAGUUCAACAAAUUGAUAUAAAUGAUAUGCUUAACUUCAUUAGAUAAAUGUAUUCAUAUUUGUAGUUGAUGUGAAAAUUUUUUCUACUAUCAGUUAAUGCCAUUUCUUCUUAAUCUGAGCAAACUGUUUUCAAAAACUCAAGUGGACACACUCUUAAAUAUUCAAUUUCCUGUAUUUUGUUGCUGUUAACACUAACAGUUAGUUCCUAUUUGUUAUGUAUACCUGAGAUGCAGAUGCAUUUCCUUUGCUUUUCGAUUAGUGUUCUGCUUGAAACUGUAAAACGCCAGUGCAAAACGUUAUGUAAAGACAAUAUGAUGCUAGUUACUAUUUCCUACUGAUAUCCUGCAGUACCUGAUUUUGUUGUGAUGUCCUCUGGUGUUUGUAAAAUAAAUAUAUUUAUUUUGUGUUGA